ACUCUAUAUAACUACACCCAUUCCCAAACGCACCUUUCAGUCUGAUAGUUUUAACUCUCACCAACUCUGUUCAGAAAGAACAGAGAAUCAAAGAGAUACCGUACAAAACAAAACUCACACACACCCUUCAAUUCAUUUCCACCAUUUAUUCCUCUCAUCACCAAACCGUGACACACUCUUUCCUUUCUCACCUUCCACUCCUUUUUUCACACUCUUCACCAUUACUACAACACACCUGCAACUAUAUUCAUUCAUAACUUCAUAUAUUCUAAUUUUCAUUGUGAAACUCACUAAAAAUGGAUCUCACUAAAGUCACACUAGACAUCUUCUCCAAACUCGAACACAAAUGGCUUUCUCAUUGCAAAGAAGAAACAACCACCAAAACUCGCAUUCUCAGCAUUGACGGCGGAGGAACAACCGCCAUUGUAGCCGGCGCUGCUUUAAUCCAUCUCGAAGAUCAGAUCCGUCUUCAAACCUCUGAUCCUCACGCUCACGUCGUUGAUUUCUUCGACAUUGUCGCUGGUACCGGAAUUGGCGCUAUCCUCGCUGCAAUGAUCACUGCAGCCGAUGCAUUCGGAAGACCAAUGUAUACAGCUAGAGAAUCCGUUCGUAUUAUCACAGAGAAAAACUCUCAACUCUACAAACGCAAAUCAACCGGAGUAUUUCGUCGCCGGUGCCGAAGAUUCUCUUCAAAGAACAUGGAUAACGUGUUGAAAGAAGUGUUCGUCAGAAAACAAGAUUCACGGUUGUUGACUUUAAAGGACACGUGUAAACCAUUGCUUAUACCUUGCUUUGACCUCAAGAGUUCAGCUCCAUUCGUUUUUUCACGAGCCGACGCAACGGAAUCUCCUAGCUUCAACUUCGAACUCUGGAAAGUAUGCCGCGCCACGUCAGCAACACCUAACCAUUUCAAACCUUUUGAAUUCACUUCCGUCGAUGGAAAAACCUCUUGCUCCGCCGUAGACGGUGGUUUAGUCAUGAACAAUCCUACCGCCGCCGCAGUCACGCAUGUUCUACACAACAAACGUGAUUUUCCAACGGUGAACGGCGUGGAGGAUCUUUUGGUUCUUUCAUUGGGAAACGGAUCGUCGAAUUCGAAGACACGUGAGAACGAAAACCGCACGUGCUCAACGCCGUUAAUGGUUGACAUUGUUCUUGACGGCGUUUCCGAGACGAUUGACCAAAUGCUUGGAAACGCAUUCUGUUGGAAUCGUACGGAUUACGUCAGAAUUCAGGCGUUUGGUUUGGGAAGUGAAGAGGAAGUGUUGAAGGAAAGAGGAUUGGAGUCGUUACCGUUUGGAGGGAAACGGUUAUUGACGGAGACUAACGGAAAUAGAAUCGGAAGCUUCGUGCAACGUCUUGUUGCUAAUGGAAAGCCAAGUCCACCUUUCAGUCCUUGCAAGGAUUCAGUUGUUACAUCUCUCGCUAAUGGACGCUAGUUUUUGUCUUCGUUUAAUUUCUCUGUUUUUUUUAGUAGUUUUGUUCUAACGCUGUAGAACUGUAACCAGUUUUUUUACCUAGCAAUGCCAGUUGUCCAAAGUUAAUGUUUUAGCAUUUUAGCUUCUAGUCUAUUGUUUUCUUUUCUUAGGGGGCUCCAAAUCAGAUUUUCUGUCUAAACAAAUUGGAAUUCGGUUUCUAUGCAGCCACACAGUCGAUAAUUUUGAGCGUGUUCGAUUAAGAUUGAA